CGUGGCGAAAAGUGUGCACACAUUAUAAAAUCAUUACUCGGGCGCGUAUUAGUGUGAAAGCGAAAAAUUGGAUAUAAAAAUAUCAAGAAACUAAUAAUUAUCGACCGAUCUGUUCGUAGAGGAAACGAUACCAGGUUAAAAGUGAAAAAAGAAUCUCCGGCUGACGUCCAUAUCGUGAUAUAUCAGCGUCGACCCAGUACAAACAAUUCUGACAAUUGCAGUGCGUGUUGAACCAGUGACGCCGCAACACAAAGAAAUUACGCAUAUGAACGAGCGCAAGAGCGACAGACGCGACAGCAUCGAACUGCAGUGCGAGGCAGGAGAGUUUCUAGAAUUACGCAAGAUUCGAAGCAACGUCGAGGGGAAUACAUUUCCAUCGCGUUUAUAGGCGACGGAAUUCGAUGAUCGCGUAGCGGUAAUAAGAGCAUCGUAUCGUUUGACAAUAAGAGAAGGGAAAGGUGUUAGGCGGCGGGGGUAAAGCGCAUCGGCAUGAGUGCGUGUUUACGUUCGGUACCAAAACACCAAUGACCUUGAAACUCGUGAUUAUUCGGGGGUCACGUGACGCACGGGACGGCCAGGGAUUGGCGGACCGCGACGCGUACCCUGCGCCCCUGGGAUGCUCGAUAGAUCGUUUCGCAAGAUGAAGUCCGAAUCAAAACCUUUGUUGACAGCUCAGACAGAAAAGGCGAAUCAUUACACUUCUGUGGAUUCGCAUUCCAGAUAUUUGAAGGAAUUCCGCGUGGAACAAUGCCCCCUCUUUAUACAACGCAAAUGCACCCAGCACAGGCCCUUCACCUGCUUCAACUGGCACUUUAUGAACCAGCGGCGACGAAGACCCGUAAAAAAACGUGAUCGGACCUUCAAUUACAGCGCCGACAAUUACUGCACCAAGUACGAUGAGACAACCGGCAUUUGCCCCGACGGAGACGAAUGUCCAUUUCUGCACCGUACUGCGGGGGAUACGGAGAGACGUUAUCACCUCCGCUACUACAAAACCUGCAUGUGCGUUCACGACACAGAUUCAAGGGGUUUCUGCGUUAAAAAUGGUCCACACUGCGCGUUUGCACAUGGAAAUCACGAUCUGCGACCACCGGUAUACGAUAUCAAGGAGAUUCAGGCCCUCGAGAAUCCAGAUUCAGAUCCAAACUCGUCGACGAACGGGCCAAACAUAUUGGACAAAGAGAGGAAUCUCAUGAACGAAGACCCCAAAUGGCAGGACACCAAUUACGUACUAGGAAAUUACAAAACCGAGCCGUGCAAACGACCGCCCCGGCUCUGCAGGCAAGGCUACGCUUGCCCGCAGUAUCAUAACAGCAAAGACAAAAGGCGCAGCCCUAGGAAGUACAAGUACAGAUCCACACCGUGUCCAAAUGUUAAACACGGAGAAGAAUGGGGUGAGCCUGGUAACUGCGAGCAAGGCGAUGCCUGCACUUAUUGCCACACGCGCACGGAGCAGCAAUUUCACCCCGAAAUAUACAAGUCCACAAAGUGCAACGACGUACAGCAGGCUGGUUAUUGUCCUCGCGGCGUAUUUUGCGCCUUCGCACACGUUGACCGUGAGUGUAACCUCAUCAAUCUCUUGCCAACAGAAGAAAUGAGCCUCGCGAGGGACAUGGCCGUGCCUCUUGACGGCACCAACAUCGCCGACCUAAUAAGCAGCGUUCUGACGCCUGACAAAAAGCUUCAUGACAAGGAUAAACCGCCGAGCGAUAGCAGUUUUACCGGGUUUCAGAAUGGCAGCGGGGGAGAUGUCUCAGAAUCUGCCAGCACGACCAGCAGCGUCGGGAGCAAUAGUUCUCACAGCAAGGCGCCGGGAGCUCAACUUCACAAUUCAUCUUCAACUGCUUCAGCGGCCGCUCAGCAAAAACUCACAAGCAUACUUUACAACUCCUCGUCGCUCUUACAAGCUAGUGAAAUAAGGAAGCAAAUGAUGGCAAUAGAGAGCGAUCCUCUUUUGAAUAAAGCUGAAAAAGCUCAGCGGAAACAAAGUCUCUACAUAGCUUUCAACCUCAAUGGCACACUCGGUAGUCAUUCUUUGGGCUCGACUGUAUCUCCUCGCUCGACGUCUUUCUACCCUAGCGAUACGGUCGAAUCUGUUAUCGGCAAUGCACUGGAUGACAUACAUUUGGACGACCCGUUGAGCUUAGUAGACUCUAUUCAUAGAGAUAGUAAUUCACCAAUGAGCAAUUCUAUAUCGGCUGGAUUGGCUAGCUCCGGUUUACUGGGAAGUUCAGCUCCGGUGAAUAUACCUGGAAUGACGGAAAGAUCUGUACUCAGUAAUUUUUCACCGUCUACUUCCAGUCCUCUUCAGCAAUUACAGUCCGCCGGUUUUCUUACGGGAUCAAGAUUUUCUCACCAAGAUUCAAUGGAAUCGACGAUGCCUUUCAUGAGCCAAGCUUCGGAUCCGUUCAGCAAUCACAUCUCUCAGCUCAGUAGCUCUGCCUCGAAACUCAGCGGAUUCAACAGCAGUUUAUUCGACUUUGCAAAUCAGGGCAUGUCUCCGUCUCGUGCUCAGCCACUCCCAGCAUCGCCCUUAGUCAACGCAUUCUCCAUUAGUCCCAGCAAUACAGGCACACUAUCAGAGCCUCCGUUCGUUGAAUUCGAUCAGGUUCAAAGGCUCCGGGAAGAGCUGACUUCGAGUCGUGCACAACUCGCGACGUGGGACGAGCGCAUAAACCAGGCAAGAGCUGCGUGUACAGCCUGGCAGCUGGAAAGCGAAGAAGCUAAGCGUAAAGCGUCUAUUGCCGAACAACAGAGGGAUGAGAGUAUGGAUUGCUUGCAGGCCUUGUUGCAGGUAAAAGCAUUGAGAGUUGAAAACGAAGCGACAGUGGGCGGCCCCUAUCUUCAUACCCUGAGAAGGACCAGCGAGCUCAGAUCACUGUCCAUAGCGACGCUGAAAUCUCUGCAAUCUCAACUACGGUCCGAUCUUGAGGAAGUAGAAAAGGUACUCUACCUUGAAACUGCAACAAAAUGCAUGGUCUGCGAGGAACAGAACCGAACGGUUACUUUGUCGCCGUGCAACCACUACGUCGUGUGUUCGGGUUGUGCACCGAACCAGCGUGAAUGUCCGUACUGCCAGACACCAGUCGCCUCCACCAGUCAAGCCUGAGCUAUAAUUCGUUGAAAUUUUAUUAAUGCAUUUAUUAUUUUAAAACGGUGAAGGAUCUUACUUGUCUUUUACUGAAAAGAGAAAGAAAAAAGCAGCAUUUGGUAAUUAUUAUACCACAAUUAUACCACUCGCAGUUUCGAACGAAACAGAAACUGAA